CUCCUUGAAUAUCAAACUUAAAAUUAUCUUAGUUAUCAAACGAGAGCGAGCGCCACUGCAUCAUACCCUUAUUUGAUCUGAAAUGCUAAUAUUUGUAUAAUAUAUAAGGGAAUACAACACACCCUGCACAGCCCCACAAAGAGUUCUGGGAGCGAUCAUCGUCAUCAUCAACCACAGGGAGGUUAGGUUGUAUUACAGCUCUCUUCCCGCCAUGGGAGAACACGAAGCAUACCCUGACAACACAACUCUCAAGAAGAUCCUCUUAGUCGUCAACAUCAUCAUCCUCUCCAUAGGGACAACCGGUGGGCCCCUCAUCAUGCGCCUCUACUUCAUCCAUGGUGGCAAACGAGUUUGGCUCUCGAGCUGGCUCGAGACAGCCGGCUGGCCCAUCAAUAUUGCUCCCCUCACCAUCUCCUACAUCUAUCGCCGUCGCCAAUGGGCCGCCGCCACUGCAAAGGGGGCGAGCAGCGGCCUUGCUCCAGGGCCUGUCCUGAUGAAGCCCUUCCUAUUCGUCGCCUCUGCCGUUGUUGGGAUUCUCACAGGGCUUGACGACUACCUCUAUGCCUAUGGUGCUGCCAGACUCCCUGUCUCGACUUCGUCCCUCAUCAUCGCCAGCCAGCUCGCAUUCACUGCCGGCUUCGCAUUCCUCCUCGUGAAGCAGAGGGAGCAAUAUAUUUAUACAUGCAGGUUUACGUCGUACUCGAUAAACUCGGUGUUCCUGCUGACACUGGCGGCGGUGGUGCUGGGGCUUCACGCAGGAAGUGACAGGCCGGAGGGGGAGUCGGACAGGGUUUACACAAUAGGGUUCAUGAUGACUGUGGCGGCGGCGGCUCUUUAUGGCUUCGUACUGCCGCUGGUGGAGCUAAGCUACAAGAAGGGUAAGCAGGCCAUAACCUAUUCGCUGGUGUUGGAGUAUCAGCUUGUCAUGUGCUUCUUCGCAACGGCUUUCUGCACAGUGGGUAUGCUUAUCAACAAAGACUUUCAGGUGAUUCCAAGAGAAGCAAAGGAAUUUGGACUUGGAGAGUUCACGUACUACGUGAUAAUAGUUUGCAGUGCCAUCGUAUGGCAAUGCUUCUUCCUAGGAGCCAUUGGAGUCAUAUUCUGUGCCUCCUCCUUGUCAUCUGGGAUUAUCAUCGCGAUUAUGCUUCCCGUGACUGAAGUUCUCGGUGUCAUCUUCUUCAAGGAGAAGUUCACUGCAGAGAAAGGAGUCUCGCUGGUCCUAUCUCUCUGGGGAUUCGUUUCUUACUUCUACGGAGAGAUCAAGCACACCAAGAAGAGGAACCUCAACCAGAGCCAGAAGCAAAAACAAAAUCAACCUCCUCCGGAGAUGGAAAUGAACAACCAAUCUCUACCUUGAAGUGUUUGCAGUUCAUAUUUGAAAAGUGGAAUUCAAUCCGGCUCAUCUCUCGGUCCCUGGUGAUCUGGCAAUAAUAGAUUUCGACAUAUAUCUCCAGAAAUAUGAAAAGAUUUUGUUUAAUGUUUGUUUACUAAUGUUUUGUAAUUCAAAGAUUUCGUUUAGUUCUGCUGCUUCAGCGUAUAUAUGAUUUUGAAUUUGGUUA